AUGGCGCAAAAAGCGAAAAAAGACCGCGCCAAGGCCAACGUCGCCGCACUCUAUAACCUGCACCUGGGCUCCGCCAUUGUCAACCUCGUCUUCCUCGCCUCCCACUUUCUGCUGCGCCCGCGCUCCCUCGUGCUCUACGGCGUGCUCUCCGCGCCGGCCCUCGCCUGCGAAUUUGUCCUCGAGCGCUCCGGCCGCCCCCGCCACGACGCCGCGACCGGCGCUCUCAAGUCGGCCGGCGAGGACCUGGCCGCCCCCGGCCUGACCGAGUACAUGUUUGACGUCGUCUGGGUGACGUGGGCCGCCGCCAUCCUCGUCAUGCUGGUCGGCAGCUGGGGCUGGGCUCUCUGGGCCGUCGUCCCCGCGUACGGUGUCUACAUGGCCUCGGGCCUGCUUGGCUUCGGACGCUCGCAGCUCGCGCAGAUGCAGGGACAGGGACAGUCCGAGGCGGCUGCUCCCACGGCCAACCGCAGACAGCGUCGAGCAGCAUGA